AUGGAAAAUUUUGAAUCGAAGCUGCUUUCAGCAGACUUUGAUGAAAUCCAAUUUUUAAAUGAACUUUUUCCGACCGAAGAUUCUAUCAACACUCUUCCUAACAUCUUAUCUAUUGUCGAAAACGAAAUCAAACAUUUCGAUUCAGAAAUGAAAGAAGCAGUUCGAACAUAUUCCACAUUAUCGAGCAAAUCACAAAAGAUUAUCCAAGAAACAUCAUCUACAAUCCAAGAAAUCGACGACAAAGUUGACAGUUUACAAAGUCGAGCCACAAACACACAACUUACAGUUUCAUCUAUGUGUCAAUCUAUCAAAGCGUACGACAACGCUAAAACGCAUUUAACCGAAUCCAUUACAUGUCUUAAACGUUUACAGAUGACAACCUUUGCAGUUAGUGACUUAGAAGAAAUGUAUAAGCAAUGCAACUACUCCGAAAGUGCGGAUCGAAUUCUUGCACUUACUACAUUAUUAGAGUAUUUCCAAGAUUUUGAAUCAAAUCAAGAACUUGAUAACGUUCGUCAACGAUUUGAAGUGAUCAAACGCGAGAUCAAAAGCAAAAUCACAUACGACCUUGACCAAAAACUAUUUUCUACUAUUGUUGACUCCUCAGUUUCCCCCGCAUUCAAAGUUAUCGAAUCAUUAGGUGAUCGAAUCAUGCAGGACACAAUUGAUUGGUUCUGCAGUAAGUACUUAGAGCCAUACGUUCAACAAUACCAGAAGACACCCCUUCAAAACACGAAAGAUCGAUAUCUAUGGCUUAAAAACUCAUUAGAUGAAUACAAAGAUAAGUACUCACAAGUUAUUCCACAGAACUGGCGAAUGCCAUACAACAUUACACUUAACUUUUGCAUCGAAACACGAAAACAUCUUCGAGAAAUCAUCGAGAAAGGCAAACCAACACUUGAAAACUUCACCAUUGGCUUCGAGAGCACAGCGAUGUUCGAACAAGCUCUUUCACAAGAGUUUGGUUCUAACAUCAUCAACGAGAAAGGUAAUCAAGAGUGGAAGAACGACGACAAAUUUGUUGGUCUUAUUGGCUCCGCAUUCACUAAACACACUCAGCUUUAUUUAGCUGGCAUCAACCAGAAACUUAAGUUACAAGUUCAAGAUUUACAUCAGAAGUCUAGUAAAAUCAUCGACAGCACAGACAAGACACUUAAAUCAUCAAACGAACUUGUCGAAAUCAUGAACAACAUCAUCAAGCGCUGUGCUGGUUUCAACGACAACAACGUUCUUUAUGAUUUAUUCUUCCAUCUUAAAAACACUAUUUCUGAGUACACGGACCUUAUUUUCAACGACCGUCCGACAAAUCUCACAUCAGAUAAGAGUGUUCCUCUUUAUUGCGCAACUAUCAACACAUUUCAGUUCUUUAAAUCUAUCAUCAACGGUCUUUCUAACCGUAUUCGUAGUUUUGUUAAUGAAGACCAGAAAUCAGGUGUCCGUGUUGACGACAUCGACGACAAACUUGGCGACAACCUUGCACGUCUUGUCCGUGAACUUUCCGGAAUGAUUUGUAAUGAGAAGUGUCAAAGUGGAUUUUCUAGUUUACAAUCAGGCAACUGGAUGACAUGUCCUGAUAAUCAGUGUGUUUUUGGUCAGAACAUCUGCAAAGGAUUAGAACAGAUUAUACCAGUAUUGAAGAAAUGGAUGAGAGAUGAAUCAUUUAAUUAUUUCAGAUCUCAGUUCAUUGUUUAUUUCGUAAACAAAAUAAUUGAGAAAAGUUUCAUGCACCCACACGUUGGAAUGGCUCGUGAGAGAUUGGCAAUGGCUACUGAUGAUAUAGAGAAGAAACUAAUAGAACAGUUCGGAGCAGCACCAGAAUCAAUACAAGAGAAAUUUAUUAAAGAAACAGUUCAAAGAAUAAGACAUGGAAUUAGAGUAUUAUUAGUUCGCCCUGAAGACAUGCCUACAAUGUAUGUUGAAAUAACAAAUAAACCUUCUGCAAGUGACUUCAAGACAUUCUUGGGUGCUAAAGGAUUGAGUACUGCACAGAUUAACCAAUUGAUGCAGACUUAUAGUGAUGAAGUGAAGAAGAAACAAUCUGGGAAAUAA